AGCCGUUCCUUCUUGGUCCCCCGAGGAGAGAAAUCAAGAGAAAGCGAGAAUGGCUACGGAGGCGGAGGCGGCGGCGGCGGCGGCGGCGGGGAAGCCGGUGAUAGUGGUUGGCGUCGACGACAGCGAGCACAGCUUCCAUGCCCUCCAGUGGACGCUUCUCCACUUCUUCUCUUCCGUCGCUCCUGGACAUAGCUCGUCGUACAAGCUCGUCAUAGUCAACGCCAAGCCCACGCCCUCGUCGGUCAUCGGCCUCGCCGUCGCCGGCCCCGGAGCUUCUGAUGCGCUGCCGCUUGUGGAGUCGGAUCUGAGGAAGAUCGCACUGAAUGUGCUCGAGAAAGCUAAGGAGAUCUGCAUUGCUCAUUCGGUGACUGAUGUGGAGUAUGAAAUCAUGGAAGGAGAUGCUAGAAAUGUCUUGUGCGAGGCGGUGGAGAAAUACCACGCUGAGAUGUUAGCUGUAGGAAGCCAUGGUUACGGAGCAAUUAAAAGGGCGGUGUUGGGCAGUGUGAGUGAUUAUUGUGCUCACCAUGCGCAUUGCACUGUGAUGAUCGUGAAGAAGCCGAAGUCAAAGCCAAAACACUAAGUUAGUCGAUAUCUCAAGCUACUGAAACACUACUUGGCUCAUUUGGUGCACAUAAAUAACACCCAAAAGAUGUGAUUGGUAAAAAUAAACUCUUUUUUAUCGUCUUGUAUCAAUGUUCUCUGGAUUCAUGGCUUCUUGGUAGUAACUUUUUGCUUAGUUGUUGGAA